AUGGUGAAAAUGCAAGGAUCGUCAAAAGUUGUAAUUAAUCGUUGCAUGGAGUUGUUGCAUCCUCGGAUCGCAGGCGCCCAUCACUUCGAAAAACGUAUUGUGCCUCAGGCUGUCCAUCGUGCCAGUUCGUCCGCCAAUCUGCCCAAGGUGCAGCUAGACAGGGAACGUGAGAAAACCAAAAUCUAUCAGAUAAACAAGCAUCGCUCCAUGUGGGACCAGGAUGACUCGGUUGAGCGUCGACAGAAAAUGGAAGCUAAGUGGCACCAAAGUCGUUUGGAUGAUAUCUUGUAUAAAAAACAGGAUAUAGAACAACGGACCUUUGAUUGUACUUGGGUGAAUUUUCCGGAAGCCAUGGUCGCCAAGCCGAAACGUCAGGUGGAGCGUCCGGAGACCGCCAAGCCAUGUGGUGACGAGGCACGUCAGUUCAUUAGCCAAUGGGACAACAAUAAUGCCAUGGUCAAUCGCAAUCGUUUUGGCCGUGCCGCUCACAAUUGUCCACCACCAAUUAUGACCCGUAGUGCCGUGGACUUGGGGCGCGAUCGUCAGACGCAGUUCUACUACUAA